AAUUGACUAGCAGAAUAACCCUCUCCCCUCACAGAACGUCCUUAUUCUCUUCAUCUGAUUCUGAUGAAGUUUUAUUGACCCAAAAGAGAACCAAAAAAGGAAACAGGAAAAAAAGAUCAUCCCUAUUCUCUUAUCCUCUUGUCAUUGCAUCCAGUAAAUAGCUUGGUAAGUGUGUUUAUCAGUUGAAGCUUAAUUUCCUGAAAUAAAUAUAUGUAAUCUCUCUCACUAUCUACGUUCAAAGGCUUCUGUAAGUUUCUGUAUGCUCUUGAAGUUAUGUCUCUACAGCGCCCUGUUGAUCAUCUGACCAAAAUCAUAAGCGACACACCAGGUAAACUGGCACGAUGUCUCUCAUCCAAAGUCAGAGAAUUUUUAAAAAAGAAAUGGGAAAGAACACAUCUUUCAUUCUGGAACAAGAUGGUUGUAAUUUCAUGUGUUAUUGCAAUUUCCCUGGAUCCCUUGUUCUUAUACAUUCCAUUCAUCGAUGAGGAAAAGAAAUGCCUUGGAAUGGACAAAAAGUUGAGGAAUGUGGCUCUGAUUUUGCGAUCUCUCACGGAUAUCACUUUCUUGGUGCGUAUUGGAUAUCAAAUCUAUGAAGAUAUUAAUAAGGCCUACAAGGAGAUCAACAAAGAAAAAUCGGAGUGGGAAUUGGAUUUGCAGAUGACGUUAAUGAGAAGAGAUGAGAUAGUUUCAUUUGCUGCGAUAUUAGCUACGACGUUGCAGUGGGGCUCUUUGCUGAUUGACCUUCUCUCUGUUUUUCCCACGCCACAGGUUCUAGUAGUAAAGGGUUUUUACCAAAUGAGAGGGCAGAGAUUUUUAGAACGUAGACUGGUUGCCAACUUUUUUCUUCUCAGCCAGUAUUUGCCAAGGAUUUAUCUAAUUAUCUCAACAUCCAAGGAACUUACUGGGAUUAUUGGAAUACAUAUCAAAGCCCUAUUCAAUUUGUUUCUAUACAUUCUUGCUAGCCAUGUUGUUGGAGCCUUUUGGUACUUCUUUUCCAUUCAACGAAAGACUUCAUGUUGGUAUUGGGCUUGUAAAAAAUAUAAUGAUCAUGAAGGAUGCAUGAGUACCUUUUAUUGUGAUGGUGAUCACAAUACUUCUACAGCAAAUCUCACAUUUUUUAAUGAAUUUUGCGGUAUAGAUGUUCCAGAUAAUACUAAGCUGCCGUUUGAUUAUGGAAUAUUUCUGGAUUCCUUUAAGCUUGGUAACAUGGGGCAUUUUCCAACCAAGUUAUGCUACUCUUUCUGGUGGGGCCUAAAAAAUCUAAGCAACUUUGGCACGAGUCUCACAACAAGUAAUUAUGUGUGGGAAAACUUGUUUGCAAUUCUAAUUUCUAUCACUGGCAUGCUCCUAUUUGUAUAUCUCAUUGGAAAUGUUCAGACAUAUAUUCAUAUGAAAACCAAAUCAGAUGAAUUAAGGCAGAAGAUAAAAUUAAAAGAGUCUGAUAUAGAAGCGUGGAUGGCCAAAAAGGGCAUUCCUGAUGAUAUGAAGAAGGAAAUCAUGAGCAACAUAAUUCCAAAAUUGGAAGAGCUCAAAGAUGCUGAUCUACAGAAUCUUUUCAAUGUUCUUCCCUGGUAUAUGCAAAAAUCUCUAAAGCACGUUCUCGGCUUGAAUAUUCUAUCACAAGUAGAACUCCUUAAAGAAACAGAUGACAAAGUGCUGAAAGCGAUGUGCGACGAUCUGACUCCAGUGACAUACGGAAAAGAUAAAAUAAUUAUUCGAGAGGGGGACCGAAUUGAUCGCAUGCUUCUCAUUAUAGACGGCACUGUAUCUUUUGGACCAGAUUCUGGUGCCACCAAGCAACUUGAGAAAGGUCUUGUUUAUGGAGAAGAGCUUCUGAAGUGGGCAUCGCGAAACCAACAUACGUUUAAUGAGUUUGAGGGCAAGAAGCUUGUCUCAGCCGCCAAAGAAGGUCUCAAACUUGAUGAGAGUGAAGACGAGGCAAAGAAGAAGGAAGAGUUGAAGGAGAAGUUCGAGGGACUCUGCAAGGUUGUGAAGGAUGUUUUGGGUGACAGAGUGGAGAAGGUUGUGGUGUCUGACCGUCUGACCGUGCUGGACUACCAACAUGGAAAGAAUCAUGAAGGCUCAAGCCUUGAGGGAUAA